AUGUUGAUGGAAGGGGAGGAGGGUGUGAGAGUAAGAAGAGCAGCAGAGAUAUUUAGGGAUAUGGUAGAGGAGGAAGUGAGUAAAGGAGGACGGUCUGCAACUAAUUUGGAAGUGCUGGUGAAUAGGCUGAAAUGGGUACUUGUAGCUUUAGUUCCAGCUGCUAUGAUUGGAAUCUCUGUUAUUUUCGGCUUUAAAUUCAAUCUAAAUUCAAUUGGAUCGUGGGAUGGUUGGAAAAAGAAGGAGACUUUGGCUGAAGAAGAAAAGGGUUUGUUGUAUUCGCUGUUUGCAGAAGAGACUAGUUUGUUUCCCUUCCAUGAUGAGGAGGAUGCCUCCCGAGGUGAGGAGGAUGUAGUCUCGAAUCUAGCGAGUGAGGAUGACCCUGAAGAAGAACAGGCAGAUUGCAAAAGUGAUGAUUUAUUGUUGCAGAUUGCAACAGUGGAGGCAAAGUGGAAUGCAUUGAUUGCAGCAGAUUGGAUUGUGGUGAAUUCGUUUUACGCCUUGGAUUGCAAAGCAGUUGAGACACUGCGCCACAAGAAACCCGUACACUGUGUGGGUCCUUUAAACAUGGGUUCCUCUUCGCAGCUCGACAUGGAGUGCAGUGAAUGGCUCGAUUCCAAACUGGCCCGGUCGAUUAUCUAUGUUUCCCUCGGCAGUAUCCAUAAUGCGGCUAGAGCCCAAGUAAGGGAAAUGGCAGAUGGUCUCAUGAAGAGUGGUUGCUAUUUUCUCUGGUCUCUUCAUCCAGAUAAUGACGCGAAUCAUUUCUGGGGCAUGUUACCCCCUGGAUUUAUAGACGAAUGUGAAGGAUGGGGCUUAAUCGCAGCCUGGUUUAGGCAGGCGGAGUUUCUGAGACAUCUUGCAGUGGGAGGGUUUUUGAGCCACUGCGGGUGGAAUGCGGUCAUAAAAAGUGUGUCAGUGGGUGUUCCCAUGUUGGGGUUUCCUCUUGCAGGGGACCAGUUUUCCAAUUGCAGACUCAUGGUGGAGGAAUGGAAAUUUGGGCUAGGACUGAAAAAUGCAGAGGAUGGGAAAAGGGUUAUAAGCGCUGCAGAAAUAGAUAGCAAGGUGAAAAUGUUGAUGGAAGGGGAGGAGGGUGUGAGAGUAAGAAGAGCAGCAGAGAGGUUUAGUUGUGUGGCGGAGGAGGAAGUGAGUAAAGGAGGAUGGUCUGCCACUAAUUUGGAAGUGCUGGUUAAUAGAUUGAAGCUAAUCUGA